AUGCAUUCCUCGCUUAACGAUCAUGGCGAUUUGAUGUACUCCUCCAAGCACAGGAAGGAAUGGGAUCAUGUCCUUCAUAGCGACACCUACUACGGCGUGGACGACGUUGAACCGCUUUGGGAGCGGGAUGAAGAUGAAUUCUGCGUGGGAGUUCUCGACUUCCACCGCGAUGAGAUUUCGAAAAGGAUAAAACGCUCCGGGUUAUGGGAUACCCUCAUACUCGGCAUACUCCAGCAGCGGGAAUUCAGGAUCAUGGGAUAUCUCAGACGUCGCCUGUGGGGAAACGCCGUCGCGGAUCUACAGCAACAAGUCCCAUGCCACGCUCGCAGCCACGAGACGUGCGGCCCGAUUGAGGAUUUUCAAAAGCUGAAGAGAAAGCUCUUGGAAGACGUCGAGUACCGGAAGACGUUGCUCUUCACCGACGAGAUGAGAGAGGAUGCGAAGCGGCAGCGGGUGAUUUGGUUCGGCGUUGAGAAUCCGAGGUGA